GUGACCUAGUGAAACUGAAAUACGCAGCCUUGGCACUGUGGAAGAUUGUAAAUAAAACUGAGCGUUAGCAAACUGUAUGUUUACGACGUAUCUGAAGUUUUAUUGGCUUACGGAUUUACUUCCUUAAUUAGAGCGAAGUUAAAAAUGGUAAGGUGUGAAAACAGCUGACGGUGGUACUGCAAGAGUGGUGAACUAUCCGGGGUUUGCUCUGUUAUUGCUGCUAUGGCAGAGGUUACCGGCGGGGGUCCCUACAUAAGCAUGAUAACCAACCGCACAACUAACCUGCUGAUCCGGGGGGCCAUGCUGUUCGGUGUGGGUGUGUUUCUAGCCCUGGUGCUAAACUUGCUGCAGGUUCAGCGUAAUGUCACGCUUUUCCCUCCUGAUGUCAUCAGUAGCAUCUUUUCUUCCGCGUGGUGGGUACCACCUUGCUGUGGAACAGCAUCAGCUCUGAUAGGGUUGCUGUACCCAUGUAUAGACAGGCGGUUGGGGGAGCCCCAUAAGCUGAAGCGUGAAUGGUCGAGUGUGAUGCGCUGUGUGGCUGUCUUUGUUGGCAUUAAUCAUGCCAGUGCUAAAGUGGACUUUGCAAAUAAUGUCCAGCUCUCUCUGACCCUGGCUGCACUCUCAGUGGGAUUGUGGUGGACAUUCGACAGGUCGCGCAGUGGCUUUGGCCUUGGAGUCGCCAUUGCAUUUCUGGCAACCAUCACUACACAGCUGCUGGUGUACAAUGGAGUGUUUCAGUAUACAUCUCCUGACUUCUUGUACAUACGAUCUUGGCUGCCUUGCAUCUUCUUUGCUGGUGUGAUUACUAUGGGAAAUAUAGGACGGCAACUUGCUCUUUAUGAGUGUAAAGUUGUUCAAGAAAAGAUUCAUCAGGACUAAAAUCUACAAUCCUAAACCAUGAAUAAAAAAAACAAGAGAACCUGCACAAACUUUUACAGCAGACACGGACAAGCCUUGUCUGCAUUUAUAUGGCAGGACAGUUUGGAGAUCUGUGGCCAUGGUCAUUGGCUGCCUGUUCAACCCCUCUGAAGCUUAAAGAAGCUAAAAAUGGGAUUAAUUUACUGAAACAUCUUUGCAAAGUGUAUUUUAAACUUGCAUACACAUCUAUUUUGGAUAUGAUGUGCCAAAGUGACUCAGACAUGGCUGUUCUUUCUGGAAUAUUAACUCAUGACUAUAAACUCAUAACUUCAUAUAUGCUGGUUCCUACACAAGGUGCUGCCAGACAGUGUUUUUGUAGGCAUAAAUAAAAAUUACAGGGAGGACAUCAGAUAUGCAGUAUACUGAGGUCAAAAGAAAUUGAUUCUUUACCAUGUAUGUGUAUUACUGUGCAAAAGUCUUGAGACAUGAAAUAAAAAAGUGCUAUAAUGGAAGAUAAACACUUACAAAUUAGUAAAAGUUUCUACAAAAAUAAAAUAGUUUAAAGAGCAGCAAACAGUAUAACAUUAAAAAUUAAGUAUUUUGUGUGAAUACUUUGCUUUACAAAAGGUAUAAUUUGUGCAGUUUUAUAAGGAAGUUUGCUGAUUAUUUUAUUGAGCAUCUUGGAGAAUCUGAUACAAGUCUUCUAGAGCCUUUGACUUUCUCACACACUUCUCUUUUGUAUGAAAAACCCAACAUCCAUCAUUAUUUUUUGCCUUUUGUUUGUUUAAAAAGUGAUCACCUGUUGCUUUCAUUACCUUUUUAUUUGUAAAAUAUUAUUCAUUACCUUUUUAAAUGUAAAACAUAAAAUGUUUUUAUAGAGAGUACAUAAGGUUCCUAAUAAUGCAAGGCUGUGUAACAGAUUUUUUCAGCAUAUGUGUAUAAUCUAGUUACUCUUCUUUCUGUGUGUGGUCUGCAUACUUACACAACAUCUGAACACAUGCAGGGCACUGAGUUGUUAUGGAGGAUUAACCCGAGACGAUUUAUGGAGCUGACUGGGUGCGAACAUACUUAUACACAUACAUGCAUUCUGCUUGAUUCUGAAAUAGGAUCUACACACUGUGAAAAAUCCCACACAACAGAUAACAUGAGGAUUUUAGGUUGUGUUCUCAACGGCCUAUGCUUUUGGUUGUCCUCUGAACAUUUAAUUUGUGACAUUUUGGACAUAAUUUCAUUCCAGGUUUUACAGCUACAUGCAUUCUUUUUUUUGCCAGGAUAUCAGGUAGUUUAAUUAAAAUGAAAACACAUCUGUCCAUCUUUUGCAGGGUUCUUUGGGUUUGUUGAAUCACAUUUCAUAUGGUAGUCUUGAAAUCCGUUGAUUCAAGCCAUUUUGCACUAGCUCUAUGUAACCCAGUUUUUUUUGUUUCUGUUAAGAUCUAUAUUAUUUGCCAAUCUAGUAUUAAAAUAUCAAGCUUAUUUCUUCCAAUUGUAUGUGUAUGAACUAAAGUGGCAAUCAGAACAUAGAAGAAAAUGAAUUACAGUAACGUGUAAUCACAAAGUAUAAUCAGCUGCUCUCCUAUUUAAUAUGUCCUACUAUUAAUACCCAUCUGGAUUAAAUACACUUUAGGAUUAUGUUGCAUGAGAUAUGGUUGAUUGUGGGAAGAUUAGUAUUCAAAGGACGGUCACCAUCAUACUUUUUCUGGUUAAAGAAAAUAAAAUUUUCACAAGUUUU